UGCCCCAGAUCACGUUUGCCACCAGCAGCCAACCAGUCGGGCCCAAGUCCUCGGGCAGCAAGCGAUUGGGGGCGAGUGAGCUCGGCUCCCCAGUCCCCGGUCCGGGUCCCCCCCCGCCGGGCCCGAGGCGGUAUAUCCUGCCCUCCCCGGUCACCUCCCACUCGUGGAAGCGGAGCCGCGGCCUCGCUGUAACGCAGAAGCGAAAUGUAGCCAGCCGGGUGUCGCGGCUGGACGCUCGCCUUGGCUGGGGGUGUGGGGGGGCACACGGGGGGCCGAGGAGGACUGCCAAGGAAGAGGAGUGAUGAGAAGAGGGUGUGCCCUGCACCCCCCGAGACCACGGGCCCCUGCUGCCACUCGCCAGGCGCCCCCUUUCCUCCCAAGCGAGGGGCAGGUGUUCCACACAGAUCCUCGUGACUUUAAGGACCAGGCAAUUGGGGAGGUACAAAGUCUUCCCAGGAAGGGAGGAAAUCUCUGGAAGAGAGGGGAAAGACAGCAGACACUGCCCUGGGACCACCCAAGCCUGAGGUGCUGUGGGAAACCGAAGGCAUCAAUCAGGAGGAGCAGGAAGGAGCCCCAGACCCAGGUGGAAGCUGUGUUCUGAACCAUCUGAAUUUGGUCUACUUUUCACGAGAGAGGGGCUGCCUCAGGGGGCACUGCAGCCUUGGGCUGGGCCCUUCUCUGGAUGCCCCCUUCCCUGAGGAGCUUGCCGCUGAGAACCAAAGAAGAUAAGGGGUCAGACAGACUUCCCCCAGGCACUGGGCCGGGUGGCUGGAGGCGGGCAUCUGCACCCCUAGUGGUGGGCUGCUGAGCCUGGUGAGGAGUUUCUUCUCCCCUCCAGCUCCCGGCUCCAGUGCUUGAUGGGGCUGCUUGUUGGUGGAUCAGUUUUUGCACUGCCUGGUAGCAGCAGAGAGCCGUGGGAAGAGGACCCGCGGCACCCAAGCCUGGGUUUCCCCCAAGACUAAGUUCUUUCCUGAGUUAGGGAGAGAAAAAGCAGAAAAAAGAAAGUUCUCCCCUCCUCUCCUCCCUGCCCGUCAUGUCCUCUAAGCCGGAGCCGAAGGACGUCCACCAACUGAAUGGGACUGGCCCUACUCCCUCUCCCUGCUCUUCAGAUGGCCCCGGGCGAGAGCCCUUGGCCGGGACCUCAGAGUUCCUGGGGCCUGAUGGGGCUGGGGUGGAGGUGGUGGUGAUUGAGUCUCGUGCCAAUGCCAAGGGGGUUCGGGAAGAGGACGCCCUGUUGGAGAACGGCAGCCAGAGCAAUGAAAGUGACGACGUCAGCACGGACCGUGGCCCUGCACCACCCUCCCCACUCAAAGAGACCUCCUUUUCCAUCGGGCUGCAAGUGCUGUUCCCCUUCCUCCUGGCAGGCUUCGGGACUGUGGCUGCUGGCAUGGUGCUGGACAUCGUGCAGCACUGGGAGGUCUUCCAGAAGGUGACGGAGGUCUUCAUCCUGGUGCCUGCACUGCUGGGGCUCAAGGGGAACCUGGAAAUGACCCUGGCAUCAAGGCUGUCUACCGCAGCCAACAUUGGGCAAAUGGACACACCCAAGGAGCUCUGGAGGAUGAUCACUGGGAACAUGGCCCUCAUCCAGGUGCAGGCCACGGUGGUGGGCUUCCUGGCAUCCAUCGCAGCCGUCGUCUUCGGCUGGAUCCCUGAUGGCCACUUUAGCAUCCCACAUGCCUUCCUCCUGUGUGCCAGCAGUGUAGCCACAGCCUUCAUUGCCUCCCUGGUGCUGGGUAUGAUCAUGAUUGGAGUCAUCAUUGGCUCUCGAAAGAUUGGGAUCAACCCAGACAACGUGGCCACACCCAUUGCUGCCAGCCUGGGUGACCUCAUCACCUUGGCACUGCUCUCAGGCAUCAGCUGGGGACUCUACCUGGAACUGAGUGAGGCUGAGGCCACCAAGAGUGGCUCAGAUCACUGGAGAUACAUCUAUCCCCUGGUGUGUGCCUUCUUCGUGGCCCUGUUGCCUGUCUGGGUGGUGCUGGCCCGACGGAGCCCAGCUACGAGGGAGGUGUUAUAUUCAGGCUGGGAGCCUGUCAUCAUUGCCAUGGCCAUCAGCAGUGUGGGAGGCCUCAUCUUGGACAAGACUGUCUCAGACCCCAACUUUGCAGGGAUGGCUGUCUUCACACCUGUAAUCAAUGGUGUUGGGGGCAAUCUGGUGGCAGUGCAGGCCAGCCGCAUCUCCACUUUCCUCCACAUGAAUGGGAUGCCAGGGGAGAACUCUGAGCAAGCUCCUCGCCGUUGCCCCAGCCCUUGUACCACCUUCUUCAGUCCUGAUGUGAAUUCCCGCUCAGCCCGGGUCCUCUUCCUCCUUGUGGUCCCAGGACACCUGGUGUUCCUCUACACCAUUAGCUGUAUGCAGGGCGGGCACACCACCCUCACACUCAUCUUCAUCAUCUUCUACAUGACAGCUGCACUGCUCCAGGUGCUGAUUCUCCUGUACAUCGCAGACUGGAUGGUGCACUGGAUGUGGGGCCGGGGCCUGGACCCGGACAAUUUCUCCAUCCCGUACUUGACUGCUCUGGGAGACCUGCUUGGCACUGGGCUCCUGGCACUCAGCUUCCAUGUCCUCUGGCUCAUUGGGGACCGAGACACAGAUGUCGGGGACUAACUUGGCCGCUCAACCUUUUCCCUCUGCACUUCGUAUUUGAAUUUUUUCUUUUGUUCCCCUCUCCCCAACCCACCCCACCACUCUCACCUCUUUCUAGGACUUCACUUUGAUACCAAAUUCUCAUUAUUUUCAAUGGGAAUUUUUAUACAUUGAGCCGUUUGAAUAGCAAGAAUUCAGGAAGGACAGAUGGACUGAGAUAAGCAGUUACAAGUAGAUUUUUGAGACAAUCACCAAGUGCAAUUUCAUGGUGGGUGCCUCCAGGUGAGGUGGACUGGGACAGGGGGUUUUUGUCUGGAAUCUGGGGGUAUAUGACUUAGCUUUAGCAACCUCAGUUGUGGCCCUAAUGAGAAACCCUUUGUGAGUGGGCUCUGGUUUUUUUUGGUUAUGUUGUUUUCUUUUUCUUUCUUUGGUUGAACAGAGGGAUAAAUAAAUAACACACACACAAACACACACAUGCAUACACACUUGUAGAAAUGGACCAACUUCAAAGCACUGGGCAAGAGACAGCUGCUUCAGGCCCCCUGUAAUCCCAGCCCUACUCUCUGCCCUCUGAACUUGAGCCCUCCUGCUCUCAGAAAGAAUAAGGUGGACUAACGGUUCAAUUUGUGCACGUGCCUCUUGCCUGACUGCCUGGUCAACAUCACCAGUGCUCCUUCUGAUUGUUUUUCAGUUGAAUGUCAUCCAGGAAGAAAUAAGCAGUGGCCUAAUCUCCCUGCGAAUUCAUGUCUCCCCAUGGGUUUCCCAAGAUCCACAUCCUCCCUGGGCCCGAGGACUCUUUGUCUCUGUUUGGCUCUUCUCUCUAAUUACAUCUAAGCACUACCUUCCCUAGAGCUUGCCAAGAGGGGUUCCAAGAUUAGGGACUGAGCAAAGCUAUGUGGAGAAUGACUAGGAGGUUGAGGACAACCAGGGGUGUUUCGUUGCUGCUGUUUUUCCUGAGGACGUAAUCAUGUGGUCACCUUGGCCUCUAUUACUUCCUAAAAAUCAUUCAUUCUAUCCUUCCUUGGAGGUCAGUUGUUCUCUCUCUUGGUUCCUGCCCGCAUUCAUUCACUCAUUCAACAAAUUCCCAGCCUCCCCAAGAUGAGCUCUUCUUCUAACAUGUUCUGAACCGUGUACUGAGCAAUGUUUAUUGGGUGCCUACUAUGUGUUAGGUACUAUGCCAGGCACUGACUAGCCGGUGGUAAGGGAAUCACAGCUAUAACCUCGCCUCAUUCCCCAGGUUACAAAGGUCAUAUGCCCCUUUCAAUAUGGCAGACAAGUUCCCUCAAUGUAGAUAUUUGCUUCUACUUCACCAAGCCAGGUCCGCCUUGUUCUUUCUAGACUGUAACCCUGCAGUGCUGACCAUAACUCAAGCCACCAGUCCCAUUGUUUAACUAGUGUCUGUAUCUCUAAACUACCCUUCUUCACUUUCCCUUCCUCCUCUCCUCCCCACGCACCCAAAAGAGGAUUUAGAACUAGCAGGCCGGACACCAACUGGCUGCUUCUGCUUCUCUCAGCCUAGCAAAAAAAAAAAAAAAAAAAAAAAAAAAAAAUUGAGAGAAAUCUAGAGCCUCUGCCUCUUCCCAACACAUAGCUCCAAACAGCUCAGAAAGCUGUCCACACUCACAUGUGCCAAUCUGGACAUCAGGAUGCAGACUUUUUCUAGCCUGUCAGGUACCUCCCCAUAAACACUCUCCUCUGUAACCUACAGAGCCACAUCCAAGGGAAGAAGGUUAGGCCAUGGGCCUGCUUCUACCAGCACCAGGCCUUACCCUGGGAACUUGCCCUAGACCUCUAGAGACUGUCCUUUCUCUCCCAUUUUCUCCCAGUCCACCUUCUGGAAUCAUAGAACCUUAGAACUGGAAGGAGUCAUAGAGGUUAUCUAGUUGGAGUUGUGUCCAGCAGAGUUCAUUAACACCAACCUGGGCCUGUUCCUUCUUUUCCCUCUGACCUCCUUUCAUCUUUUCCUCCACCUCAGUACACACUUGCCCACAGACUUGUACAGACACCAAACCCUGAGGCUGUGCCCCUGUGAUCUCCAGCCACCCCUGCCCCAGCCUCUCACACCUUCCUCAUCUCUGGAGUUCAGCCAGGCUGUCCCUGGAGAAUCAGUCCUCCUUUGCCUAGAAAGCAAAAAGACCCCAGGGUCUGAGUGUGUGAGCAGAGGAGGACUAUGGGGCAAGAGGGAAGGAAAAUGAAGUUGACGUCAACAGAAGAUUUCAUUUCUUUCCCCCUGAUUGCACCAACUGCAUGUACUUUUGGCCUGGCUGCAAGGAGCAAUAUUGGUUUACUCUUGUAUCCUUCAAAAGUUACAGAACUGUGUCUUAAGAGAAUUAUUUAUAGUUACUAUAACUGAAUUGACAAAUGUCAACUUAACUGAUAAAUUAUAUUUGGUAAAAUAAAGAGGACGUUUAUUUAAAUGGUU